GGGCGCUGAGGGAAAAUGGAGGCCGCGGCGGCGGCGGCGGCAGCGGCGGCGGCGGGGGGGCGGAGCAGACGAGUUGCGACCUCCGGGCGGGCGGAGCGGCGCCACUUCCGCUUCCGGUCGGCGGCGGGGAUGGGGCCGGAGGUGGCGGCGGCGGCGGCUGCGGGCCGGGGCCUGCUGCCGGUCCCGGUGCCGAUCGUGGCGCUGGUGCUGGCGCUGGGCGCGGCGGUUAACGGAGGAGGCGGGCCGGGCCCCGUUACGUGCGGCUCGGUGGUGAAGCUGCUCAACGUGCGGCACAACGUGCGCCUGCACUCGCACGACGUGCGCUACGGCUCCGGCAGCGGGCAGCAGUCGGUGACCGGCGUGGCGGCGGCGGACGACGGCAACAGCUACUGGCGGGUGCGGGGCCGCACGGCGGCCGUGUGCGAGCGGGGCCAGCCGGUGCGGUGCGGGCAGGCCAUCCGCCUCACCCACCUCGGCACCGGCCGCAACCUCCACAGCCACCGCUUCGCCUCCCCGCUCUCCGGGAACCAGGAGGUGAGCGCCUUCGGGGAGGACGGCGAGGGCGACUACCUGGACGACUGGACGGUGGUGUGCAGCGGGACCUACUGGGCGCGGGACGGCGAGGUGCGCUUCCAGCACGCCUCCACCGACGUCUUCCUGUCGGUGACGGGCGAGCAGUACGGGCGGCCCAUCAACGGGCAGAAGGAGGUGCACGGCAUGGCCGCCUCCAGCCAGCACAACUCCUGGAAGGUCAUGGAGGGCAUCUUCAUGCAGCCCGGCGAGCUUUUCAAAGCGGAGCAGUACCACGCCGAGUUGUGACGGACACGGACUGACACGUUUGGCUCGGGGGACGGGCCCCGGGCCCCGCGCGCACCGGGAAGUGGAGCCCCAGCGUCCCAAACGCAGCACGGAGUUAACAAUUGCCGUUGUUUUGAAUUUAACACAAAGCGGAGCUCAG